UUGGAGGCGCCUGGCCGGGAAGGGCCUGGUCAGCUGUGUCCGGCGGAGGCAGCUGCUGACCCAGCUGUGGACUGUGCCAGGGGCGGAAGAGGUGGGGCAGGAGCCCUGGGCCCCCCGUGGCGGGGGCUGCGUCAUGGAUCAUCUCGGGGCACCCCUCUGGCCUGGAGUCGGCUCCGUCUGUCUCCUGCUCGCUGGGGCUGCCUGGGCUACUCAGCCCAACUUCCCGGACCCCAAUUUUGAAAGUAAAGCGGCCCUGCUGGCGGCCCGCCGGCCUGAAGAGCUUCUGUGUUUCACGGAGCGGUUGGAGGACUUGGUGUGUUUCUGGGAGGAAGCAGCAGGCGCAGGGGUCGGCCCCGAGAACUACAGCUUCUCCUACCAGCUGGAGGGUGAGCCAAGGAAGCCGUGCCGCUUGCGCCGGGCGCCCACGGCCCGUGGCACGGUGCGUUUCUGGUGUUCGUUGCCUACGGCCGACACGUCGAGCUUCGUGCCCUUAGAGCUGCUGGUUUCAGCUGCCCCCUCCGGCGCUCCACUCUACCGCCGCACCAUACACAUAAACGAAGUGGUGCUCCUGGAUCCCCCCGCGGGACUGCUGGCCAGGCGGGCGGAUGAGGGCGGCCAAGUGGUACUGCGCUGGCUCCCGCCGCCUGGGGCCCCGAUGGCAAGCCUUAUCCGCUACGAGGUGAACAUCUCCGCGCAUAACGCCGCAGGUGGAGCGCAGAGGGUGGAGAUCCUGGAUGGCCGCACUGAGUGCGUGCUGAGCAACCUGCGGGGAGGAACGCGCUACACUUUCUUGGUACGCGCGCGCAUGGCCGAACCCAGCUUCGGCGGCUUCUGGAGCGCCUGGUCCGAGCCUGCGUCGCUGCUGACAGCAAGCGACUUGGACCCCCUCAUCCUGACGCUCUCCCUCAUCCUGGUGCUCAUCCUGCUGCUGCUGGCUGUGCUCGCCCUGCUCUCCCAUCGCCGGGCCCUGAAGCAGAAGAUCUGGCCUGGCAUCCCAGGCCCUGAGAGUGAGUUUGAGGGCCUCUUCACCACCCACAAGGGAAACUUCCAGCUGUGGCUGUACCAGAACGACGGCUGUCUGUGGUGGAGCCACUGUACCCCCUUUGCAGAGGACCCACCUGCAGCCCUGGAAGUCCUCUCUGAACGCUGCUGGGGGGUGACACAGGUGGUGGAGCCAGGGGCAGAUGAUGAGGGGCCUCUGCUGGAGCCGGUGGGUAGUGAGCAUGUCCAGGACACCUACCUGGUGCUGGACAAGUGGUUGCUGCCCCGGAGCCCACCCAGCGAGGCCCUCCCACAGCCUGGUGGCAGUUUGGACAUGGCAGCCAUGGACAAAGGCUCAGAAGCAUCCUCUUGUUCAUCCUCUUUGGCCCAAAAGCCUGGGCCAGAGGGGGCCUCAGCUACCAGCUUUGAGUAUACCAUCCUAGAUGCCAGCUCCCAGCUCCUGCGCCCAAGGGCACUGCCCCCUGAACUACCCCCCACCCCACCCCACCUGAAAUAUUUGUACCUUGUGGUGUCUGACUCUGGCAUCUCAACUGAUUACAGCUCAGGAGACUCCCAGGGAGCCCAGAGAGGGUCAUCCAAUGGCCACCACUCCAACCCUUAUGAGAAUAGCCUCCUCCCAGCCCCCGAACCUUCCCCCUCCAGCUAUGUGGCUUGCUCAUAGGAUUCCCACCCUUAGAUGCUUGGAGACCCAGCACGACCUCAAGUGCUAGUCUGGGCUCAAGGCUAACCAGGCAGGGUUGGUAAGAUCUCCUGCAGGACUUGGGAUGUCGCUGACCUUGGCUUUCUGCUCUGGACAAACUUACAGUGUUUUUAAAUGUAUAGUUUUUUUGGUGUAGAUACAUAUAUACAUGUUUUUCUAUCGAUUUCUACAAACAGCCUGUAAGCCCCAUUUUUCCCUGGGCAGUAAAAGGCCCUGAGCUUAGUCUGAAAUUCUGGAGCUGUCAAUCUGAAUAAUAAUCAUAAUAAAAUGAAUUAGUACA